GUAAUUAUUUUGACAGUAACAACAAAACUUAACAAAAAAAAAUUGUUUCGUUUUCCGCUAUCAACAAUGAGCAUUAUAAAAAUGAUUCUAAAAUGGAACGGUAAAGAAUACGAAUUGGAAUCGUCAGAAGGGGACACGGUUUCAGAUUUAAAGAAACUAAUCGAGAAUUUAACAGAGGUUAAAUGCGAAAGGCAAAAAUUAUUGAAUCUGAAACACAAAGGUAAAACGCCAGAAGAUGAUUGUACUCUAGGCCAGCUCAAAUUAAAACCGAAUUUCAAACUUAUGAUGAUGGGGUCACUAGAAGAAGACAUUGCAGAAGCGAAUACUGCACCAACUAAUUUACCAGACGUGGUGAACGAUCUGGAUAUAGAGGAGGAAGAAGUGGCAAUAGAAAACCAAGAAGUGUACUUGGCAAAAGUGGAGAAGAGAAUUAAAGAUUACAAAAUUAAUAUGCUAAGUGAAUUGAGACCUGAUAAGAAACUGUUGGUAUUAGACAUUGAUUAUACUCUGUUUGAUCAUAGAACUACAGCUCAAUCUGGAGCAGAACUCAUGAGGCCUUUUUUACAUGAAUUCUUAUCUGCAGCUUAUGAAUAUUAUGAUAUAGUGAUAUGGUCGGCUACAGGAAUGAAAUGGAUAGAAGAAAAAAUGAAAUUAUUGGGUGUCACUACACAUCCCAGUUAUAAAAUCGCAUUUUAUUUGGAUUCUUCAGCCAUGAUCUCCGUCCAUAUUCCUAAAUAUGGUGUUGUUGAUGUAAAACCACUGGGUGUUAUUUGGGGCAAAUUUGAACAAUUUUCAUCCAAAAAUACCAUAAUGUUUGAUGAUAUUAGAAGGAAUUUCAUAAUGAAUCCGAAAAAUGGUCUGAGAAUCAGACCUUUUAGAGAAGCUCAUUUGAAUAGAGAAAAAGAUAAAGAAUUGUUGUAUCUCUCUAAGUACUUAAAAGAUCUAGCUGAAAAUUGUAAUGAUUUUACCACUGUGAAUCACAAGCAUUGGGAAAAAUACAAGCCGAAGAACAGAAGAUAGUUGUAGAUACUGAACUUUUUAUUAACAUGUAAUAAUUUAAGAUUGACGAGAGUGAUUUUUCGCAGGAACUGCUGUUAAAUAAAAUUUUCAUUAUAAAAGCUUUUUUUAAUUUUUGUAAACUAAUUUUGGAUAAUUCUGUACAAUAAACAAUAAU